AUGCAAAAUAUAAUAAACUUCUAUUGCGGUGAUGAAAAUCUGACAGAGGAAGAGCUCGAAAAAAUUGUUCAGAGUCUCAAUUUCAAUUCAGAGAAAGCAGAUGUUAUAUGUUUGACUUUGAAUGGAAAUGUUCCAUUUUACAAAAAAUCAAUAAUGUCAACUAUAUUGGAAAAAACUCAAAUGGCCCGUAUAGUUUAUAUUGAUGGCAAUUAUUAUGAUGAACGUGAUUUCGAUGAGGCUGAUUAUGAGGGAAUUGAACUAUUCUUGAAAGCUGGGGUUUGUAAUAAUUUCAAAUUUGAAACAUUUUUCUAUACAUUUUUUUUGCAGAGCUCUAAUCCUAGAAGAAGGAUAAGAUUGAGUCUCGAAACAUCUCGAGAUUUUUGUGAUAAAUUGGUUGAAUUAUCGCACAAAUGGUUUGGACAUGGUGAAACAAGUCCUUAUGCUAUUCGAAAUGGAGAAAACAUUCUAAUUUUCCGGGAGUAUAUUUAUUGA